AUGACGACUGAAGACAAAUUUCAAUCUUCGAAUAUUCAACAAACAAAUGGUUCUGAAAAUGGUGAUACAACACAGCAAGAUAAUGAAGUAGCAGCAAUAACAUCUAAUUCAUCUUCUGGACCACCACUAAGACGAUCACGUUUUUUUCGUUCGAAACGUAGACAACGUUUACAUGAAGAACAAACUAAUUCAGACGACGGUAUUAAUGUUGGGUCUAAUGAAUCAGUUAAUUCGUUGGAAAGUUCAGAACAAUCAAGUGAAGAAACACCUGUUCAACAAAUUUUAAUAGCUGAUAUAAAUACUCCAAUUGAAUUAAGCGAAAGAAGACGUCCAUUUGUAUCGCCUCCUCCUUCUCCUCCAUCUACAGAUGAUAAUGAUGAAACAGAUACCAGCACAGCUUCAGAAGAAGUUCGAUUUACAGCAAAAGUUGAAGAUCUUGAUGCUGAACGUCAUGCGUAUUUAACAAAAAAAAAGGCUAUUGACCAAUCAUCAUCUACUCAAUCAAAAUCAUCUGUAUCCAAAACGUUUUCCGGUUAUGAAAGAAAAAAAUCACACUCAGUUAAAUUGACUAAUUCUGAUCGAGUUGAUGCAUAUCAAAAGAAAAAUGUACGUUUUGCAGAUGAUUUUGGUCUUGAUUUAAGUCAAGUUAAAGUUAUUAAAUCCGAUGAGUUACCUCAUGUGCCUAGUGCUGCUUUCAAAGAUUUACAUGUUAAUAAUGAUGAAAAUUCACUAUCAUUUUAUGAAGAACGUAUGAAAUUAAUAACUUAUCUAGAACAACAAUUUGAAAAUCCUAUUCAUGCUCAAGGUUUUGACGAUCGUGUUGCACGUCAUAAAGUUGCACUAGAACAAGCUAACGCUAUUGAUAAUCGAAUAUAUGGAACAAUAAAAAUUGUUUCAUUAGGUUAUAAUAAACGAGUUAAAAUUCGUGUCACAACAGACAAUUGGAUUACAUUUCAAGAUCAUGAUGCAACAUACAUUGCAGAUUCAUAUGAUGGCACAUAUGAUCGAUUUUCAUUUACACUAGAUGUUGAUCGAGACCGUAUAUGUGUUGGAAAUAAUAUCCAAUUUUGUAUUGGUUAUGAAUCAUAUGUUGGUCCAGAUUAUUGGGACAGUAAUUAUCAGCAAAAUUAUCGAUUUGAUUGCGUUUCAAGAAAUGUACCCGAUUAUAGUGGUUAG